AUCAGAUCGACUAUUUCGCAGAAUUUUCCAAAAGAAGGUGGUAUCGAUGAUAUACUUAUGAUAAGCGAGCGAUAAGCGAUUAUUGUGCACGUAUUUAAGCGCCGAUCGUUCGUUACGCCAACAGACUUCGAAUAGCAGUCUUCCUGCAGCGAUAGUGACGCGAUUUUCGAGUGUGAAAUAAGCCAAGAUGUCGGCGUACAAGUACAUAAUUGCUCUAGCCGUUCUAGUCGCUGCUCUGUUGACCGUCAGCACCGUACCAUCCGCUAAUGGAGCUGUCGCUUCCUAUGCGCCCGCCAACAAGUCGAAUCAUUUGAUCGUUGGCUACAGGAUGCCCGGUGAUAGGCUCGUUCUCAGACAAAGCAUCUACAAGAAAGCUGAAUGGAUGAAAGUUCAGGUUGUAGAGAAGAACUUCAAUGUCUCAAGAUGGGAGCGUAUCACACUGAUUCAAGCAUUAGACCAGCAGACGAAUGGAACAGGCGCCUUUCCUAGUAUUGUGCGAGGUGGAGUCGGAUACAACAACGUCACAUUAAAGUUCAAGAGUCAAAGAGGUUACGCUAUUAACUUUGUCGUUCAGCUUUAUUCACGACCUUAAUCAAUCAAGGAAGCAGCUUGUUCUUUGACUGCUAUAAGGAUUUCCCUGGAUGUGAAUAGGAUGAAGAAAUAAAAUUUUAAAAAUCUCUGAAAAGCUAUAUCAACUUAGUAUGUUCUGAGCUAUUUAUUAUUACAUUAUUGCUAAUGUUACUUAAAGAAGAUUGCUGAAUAUUGUUAUUCACUAAAACUUUUUGAUGUCUUAUAUACAACUAAUAAAUUAAUAUAAUUGA